CUGGGUAAGGAGGAAAGGGCGAAUGCCUUGACGAGACCUGGGUAUCGCGCUCGCGACGGUUGAGCUGUGUUUGAGGUAGGGAACGAUGGCCCGGAAACUCGAAUUAUGGGACUGCACAUGGGAACCAAGACGAACCAGAAAGGGAGUAGAGAUGUCAAUACCGCCGAGCAAUGAAUGGAAAGGGACCACGUGUGAUUGGCGGGGGUAUGAGAUUGUGCCGGAACUAUCGUACCUUUGGGUAGAGCGUACCUGGAAUUCGUUGAGGGAAGAGGAAGGAUGGGAAGAGAUUGCGGAAGGAAGGGUGGAAUCAGUUGGGACGAUCGUUCUCUCGGAACAGGGUUGGCACCUGUUCUGCACGACGCUCGCGGCAGGACAGAACCCGAUGUGGCUUUUUGGGGACGCUGAGGCAAGGGCUCGGCAGGCGGGGGAAAGUUUUGCUAACAAAGGAUGGGAUACGGUCAGCAGCAGAGUCGUGAUGGGAGGAUGGAAGGAAUUUAAACCGCCCGGUGCCCGAAUCAAGACCUGGGUACACGAGUUCAUGGCGGACUGGUUUGGGGGUUUUGAUCAUGUAACAGAGGGGGCUUCUAAAUCGGAAAUGGCGAUGAGACGCGCCCGGAUGCCGCGACGACCCAUGCACCCGCGACCACCCAUGAAAAACGGAGAUGGAUGGAAGGUGUCGCUCCCAGCAAGCUACAUGAUUCAAGGAUUGGAUACCGAGUGGAGAGUCGUGACCCUGGGAAGAGGUCAGGCGUUCAUAAUGGUGGAAUGUUUGUGGGAUGGAUAUGAUCAGUUGCCGCUUGACGCGAGGGAUAGACCGUAUACUGCAAUGCACAACCCGGUAGGACAGCUGCAGAUGCAAGUGACCCCUAUGGGCUUCACAAAUGCGGUAGCAGAAGCUCAUAGGAGGAUGCUCGUCGUCGCAGGGGAUAUGUUUCCGGAAAAGUGUGAACCUUACAUAGAUGAUAAUCCCGUGAAAGGCGCAAGAUACAAAGAUGAGACGGAAGUAGAACCAAGAGUGCGAAAGUUCGUCUGGGACCACUUGCAGGAUAUUAAGGACUUACUCCAGCGAUUUCUAGUCUACAACAUUACUGCAAGCGGACCCAAGAGCAUCCUGGCCGUCCCGGAAGUAACCAUACUGGGAUUCCGCUGUGGAGCUUAUGGGAGGAGACCCGAUCCAACAAAAACUGAUAAGAUCUCUCAGUGGCCGACACCCCUGCAUAUCACGACGGAAGUACGAGCCUUCCUAGGGGUGGUUGGGUUCUGGAGGAUCUUCAUCAAAGGUUUCGCAAAGAUAGCAGAACCCAUCCGCGCGAUGAUUAGGGAAGGUGGCACUAUGGAUUGGACAGAGGAUAGGGAAGAGGCAGCCCAGACCCUGAAAGACAUCCUGUCGUCCGAUCAGGUCACGUUAGCAGCACCCUGUUUUGAUGACGAGGUGGGACGGCCCUUCAUCUUAGAAACAGAUGGGGGACCAUUGGCAGUGGGAGGAGUAUUGAUACAGAGAAGCGAGGAGGGCAAAGAAAGACCAAUCAGAUUUGAAAGUAGGACCCUGAAUUCAGCAGAACGACGGUAUUCGCAGUUCAAGAAGGAGGUCUUAGCAAUUCUGCAUUGUCUKAAGACCUUCCAGGCAUACCUGUUCGGGAGGCGAUUUAUCMUAAGGAUCRAUCCCACCAACGUUGYCGGAGCCYUAAAGAACUACAAGCCCAUAGACCCGACUGUCGGCAGAUGGAUAGGCUUCAUAUGGCAAUUCGACUAUAAGGUCGAGCGAAUUGCAGGGCUUYGAAAUAGGGCAGAUGGGUUGAGCAGGGUUUGUAUCACGCCAGAAGGAGUAGAGGACGCAGAACCAAUUGACGCCUUCCUGGAGUACGAAGGAGGGACCCUUGUCGUGGAUAAUGAGAUGGCAGAUCCGGCAAUUACAACAGGACAGUUGCUGAUUCAGACCUUGGAAAAGGGCACACCUGCAGUGGUUGCAGAACUCAGGGAAGGACCAGUCACCACGGUCAGGCGCAAGGAGGAAAAGGACUCGUGGGGAGCAGAAGUAGGGGCCAGAGAGGAACUGAUGGCAAUGACCGUGGAGGGGGGACGGGACGCCGUGAUGACGUUGGCCGAAGCCUGGGCGCAAAAGGAGUGUCAGUAUCUAGUCAACAUCACUCGGGAGGAGCAGGGUACGGAUCAGAAGGAACAUGAGUUCUUCCUCAUACAGAUGUACGAGGGCGUCUUCACAGAAAUCGGUCUACUACUUGUAGGGAACAAACAACCUACGGAAGUCAGUCCCAAGGCAAGGGAGGAAGUCGAAAAGUAUGUCCUAAGAAAUGGCCACCUGUUCAAGAAAGAGGAAGGAAUGACACCUAGGCGUGUUGUUUGUGGGAGGUCUAGGCAGCUGGACGUAAUCCAGGAAAUGCAUGACGGGCUAGUUGGAGGUCACCGGUCGUCCAAGGGGACACUUGCAAAGAUCGUGCCCCUGUACUUUUGGUCAGGGAUGGCAGGCAUGGUCGCAACGUAUUGUCAAACGUGUCUGAUAUGUCAAGAAAGGAAUGCCGUACGAGUUUUCGAGCCCCUUAGACCCACCCGGGUACUAGGACCCGGACACCUUGUUCACCUCGACCUUGCCGUUAUGCCCGUAUCAACGGAUGGGUUUAGAUACAUCUUGGAUGCAAGGGAUAAUCUCAGUGGCUAUGUGGAAGCCAUAGCCCUCAAGAAGAAGACGGGGAAAGCGGUGGCCGACUGGGUGGAAGAUUUCUACCUAAGGCACCCCUUCGUGCGCAGGUUUAUAGCAGACAACGGGACAUAAUUCGUUUACCAGGAAGUGUUGAACAGGCUUAAGACAC